CGGCUCCUCCCUCUCCUUUUUUCGUCUGAGGGAGACUUCCGGUGGCGGCAGAAGCGGCGGAGGAAGUGGAUGGAGUGGGAUGUAGCGGCCGGGGGCGUCCGGCUUUGCAGAGCUGGAAUGGCAAGCUGGGAGGAGCUGUGAGCCGGUGGCCGUCGAGGGGCAUCCUCUUUCUUGACAACACAGAGCACGACUGUCCGUGUGCCGGCAGGGCCUGCCUUCCGCCUGGGACGUCCUGCAUCCUUCUCCGGCCAAAUGUCGUCUCGCAAGGCAUCCGUGACCAGCCAAGGAAAUGGGCCUUCAAGCAACGUCCGGGAGAGGGAAGACGUGGAGCUGGCCGAACUUGGGCCGCUCUUGGAGGAGAAAGCGGAGCAGCCCACGACCAGUUCUGCCAAUGCCCAAGACCAGCCAUGCCCUGCGCCCCAGGAGGAAGAGGAAGAGGAAGUGCGGGUGCUGACGCUUCCCCUGCAGGCCCACCACGCCAUGGAGAAGAUGGAAGAGUUUGUCUAUAAGGUCUGGGAAGGCCGCUGGAGGGUCAUCCCGUACGACGUGCUGCCCGACUGGCUGAAGGAUAACGACUACCUGCUCCACGGACACCGGCCCCCCAUGCCCUCCUUCAGAGCCUGCUUCAAGAGCAUCUUCCGCAUCCACACCGAGACAGGCAACAUCUGGACACACUUGCUAGGCUUUGUGCUCUUCCUGGGGUUGGGGAUCCUGACCAUGCUGCGGCCCAACAUGUACUUCAUGGCCCCGUUGCAGGAAAAGGUGGUCUUUGGGAUGUUUUUCCUCGGAGCGGUGCUGUGCCUCAGCUUCUCCUGGCUUUUCCAUACAGUCUACUGUCACUCGGAAAAGGUUUCACGGACGUUUUCCAAGUUGGAUUACUCUGGGAUCGCCCUGCUGAUCAUGGGGAGCUUUGUGCCCUGGCUGUACUACUCCUUCUACUGCUCUCCGCAGCCCCGACUCAUCUACCUCUCCAUCGUGUGUGUGCUGGGCAUCUCAGCAAUCAUUGUCGCCCAAUGGGACCGCUUCGCAACUCCCAAGCACCGGCAGACCAGGGCAGGGGUCUUCCUGGGCCUGGGCUUGAGCGGCGUGGUGCCCACCAUGCACUUCACCAUCGCAGAAGGUUUUGUCAAGGCCACCACUGUGGGCCAGAUGGGCUGGUUCUUCCUCAUGGCCGUGAUGUACAUCACCGGGGCGGGACUCUACGCCGCCCGCAUCCCCGAGCGCUUCUUCCCUGGAAAGUUUGACAUCUGGUUCCAGUCGCACCAGAUCUUCCACGUCCUGGUGGUGGCGGCCGCCUUCGUCCACUUCUACGGCGUCUCCAACCUGCAGGAAUUCCGCUACGGACUCGAAGGAGGAUGCACCGACGACUCGCUCCUCUGAGGACCUCACUAAGGCUUUGGCACCGGCUUCCCAAGUGCUUUUAGCGGGGGACUUCGUGACUCGAAUCAAAAGAAGACUCUUUGACAUUUUUUAAACAAGAGAGACUGCAAAGUGGGCCGCAGCCGUUGCCGUCCUUGGCUCCCGCUUCUCUCAGGAGAAUGGGAUUUCAAAGGGGGGUGGGGGUGGGUGAGGGUCUCUCUCCAGGGGGGUCCUUUGGGCGAAGUGCCUCCAGCCACAGGCCCCUCUCUGGGCAAAGCGAGCGGACUUUUCAGGAGUUGAACCCCUGGGACUUUGAGACAUGAGAGAAAGGUGGGCGGCCGGCAAAACACACACACACAAGGAAAGGGGCUUGCUCCCUCUCCUCUCUUGCUGCAAACAUCCCUCAUGCUUGAAGAGACUCUCUCCCUGCGUCUGGUCAGGCCCGAGGGAGAACGCACAGGGGCCGUUUCACUGAAGUUUUGUCUUUCUCGACAAAAGUAAUGUAUCGCCUAGAUUACAGGCGUGGGCAAACUUUGCCCGCCCUCCGGGUGUUUUGGAUUU